UCUAAGACACAUUUUUCAGCUUUCACUGUUUAGCUUCGCGAAAAAUAAGCUUACAAACUAGCCAUGUCUGUGGCCUACACCUCCCACAGACACAUGUCGACGUGUUUAUUCUUAAUUUACAGGUGUUAACUUUAGCUAGCUCUAAAAACCCAUGGACGAAUAUAAACCAAUAGGCAGCUAACAAGCAUAGCUAAUGAAUUAGCAUCACCUAAAUUCCUAACUAAAGCCAUUUUUGGACUUUCCUCUGGAUUUUACACUCCUAGGAAAAAACUCCUGCUUAUAAUUGGCGUCAUAAUGUGUUUAUUUCCGUUUUCCACGGUUGUAACUGUGGCUUUUAACGUUUUUGCCACUUGGAAAAACAAAAGUUGAACCUUAACCCUCCCCCGACUUUCUCAGAGAGAAAAAUACAGUCUGCUCUGCACAAUGUGGAUGUGUAUUGCUGCUGUCCUGUUGUGGACCAGGUCAGGAGGAUGCACAGAGAAGGCCAACACAUCGGACCUAAUUGAAUACACCGCUGCCGACUUCUAUGAGAAAUUGCAUUCUGGGAAGAUGAUGUUUAUCUAUUUUGAGCAUAAAGUCUCUCCAACCAUCUCUCUCUUCCUGGUGGAGCUGGAGAAAUCGGCUGAAGUUCUGCAGGAUUAUGGAGUACUGGUUGGCAAGGUCAACUGCAAUAAAGAGCCGGUUCACACAUACUGCACUGAUGAAAGGCUACUGCACACAGCUUUUCUGUUCAGGGCUGGCAGGGAGUUCUUGGGUUUGGAUUUGGACACUGUGUUUGACGUCAACUCCAUAGUCUCUGAAGUCCUGUUCGCCAUCCUGCGUGAAGAGGUCAAGUACGUCCACACAGACGCCGACCUCUUGGCCAUGGAGAAAGCAGCCAGGGGGCAGAAGGAUAUCGUGCUGGGUUACGUCCGCAGUCUGGGAACACAAGAGCACAGGUCGCUGAUGGAGACGGCUUAUGUGUAUGGAACCAAAUACCAGUUCAUCCUCAUAACAGGAGGACCAGUCCUGAAACAUUUAGGUGUUAAUGAGUCGUCUCACUCGUCUCAGGUGUGGUUCCUCCACUGUGGAGUUCACAGUAGGUUCAUGACCCCGAUGACCUCUGAGCGCUGCCCUCUGACCCGCAUGAGGAAACCCCUGUCCAUCCUCAGCCUCCACUCCUUCCUGCAGCUCAUGGAGGCUCCACUGGUGUCUGAAGUAUACGACGACCCCUCCGUGGUCCCGCCCCCGCAGUUCCCCUACCAGCAGACCCCCCAGGUGUUCCUGUUCUCUCGCCCCGCAACCGAGCACCUGGACCUGGACACAGCCACCACUCUGGCCUGGAGGCUCCGUGGCAUUGCCCUGCUGCUGCUCGUACACAGGCAGAGUGCUGCAGUGAAAACUCCUGAUGAAUAUAAUGUUGCUUACAGGCUGCCUGAGAAGGGUUCUGAAGUCAAGUAUAUGACCUUGCACAACCUUGAUGAGGUGUUGGAGCUCUUCUCAAAUGAAGAGGAAGAGGGAGGGGAGGAGGAGGAGGAGGAGGAGGAUGAAGAGGAGGACGAGGAUUCAGAGUUUGGGCAGCUGGACGAUGAAAUUGCAGCGUCUGUCUAUGAAAACCGAGGCAACCUGCUGGACAUGGACUCAAUCACCCAACUAACCUCUGAAAACUUCCACACUGCAGUAGCACAAAGCAGCCUGACGGUGGUGCUCUUCUACCUCAAAUGGGAUGCUGUUUCCAUGGCUUUUCUCAGCUCCUUCAUUGAAGUUGCAGAGAGGCUUGCAGACUCCGAGGUCGAUGACGUCCACAUGGGCGCGGUCGACUGUGGCGAGUGGACCGACCUCUGUGCCGCUCAGCCAGGCGGCUCUCUCCCAGCCCUGUUCCAGCCAAUCACGGCCUUCCCCGUUGUCUUGGUGCUCCGCCCCCAGGAGUCGGCCCAGCACUACAGGGGCAUGCUGGGUAGUGAGGCACUGCAUCGCUUCAUCAUGCUGAGCCGCCCUGCGUCUCCUGCGCCGCUGUCCACCCAGGAGGAUGUGAUGUCAUUUCUUCAGGAAGUGCCUCACCCUGAGCUCGCAGGCUGUAAGCCUGACAGAGUGCUGGGGCUGUUUAAGACAGGAACACAUGCAGGAGUCCCGGUGUUUACCGAAGCAGCGAAGUCAUUGAGAGGAGAGGUGCUGACUGGUCUGUUGACAGACGAACUGGCAGAGAAAUGGGCUGCAGACCACACCGUCGACCUCCCUGCAGUGUUGGUGUUUCCAUCUUGGAGGACACACACUCGUCCCUCCACGCUGCCCGUGUCGUCGGCUGAAGAGCUGCUCACACACAUCAACACAGCACUGCUGCAUCCUGUGCCUGAACUGACGGUGGGAAACCUGCCGUCCUUCCUCUCUCUGGGUAAAGCCCUCCUCCUCCUCUUUGUGGGAGAGGAGGAGGACGAGAUCGGACGGAGGCAGAACCAGGCGCUGGUGGGGGAGAUGAGACGAGUGGUAGAGUUGGGGGAGGGGAGGAUGGAGCGAUAUCUAGCCUGCUGGAUCCACCUUGGCCGUACUCCGGCUGGCAUGUCCGUCCUGGGGUCAUACCUGGGCUCUAUGCCCCCCCUCCCCACUCUGGUCCUCACCCAUUUGCCCUCUGGAGAUGAAAUCUAUCAGUACCCCCCCAACACCCCCAUCGUGGCCCGCUCUGUCCUGCAGUGGCUGCAGAGGAUCGAGGACGGGACUCACUCACCUGCAGGGAUGUUGGCUGAGGACAGUUGGCCUCCUGCCGUCAAGUUCUACGACUUCCUGAAAGUCAUGGACGCGCAGGAACCUGGCUCCACUCAGCAGCAAACGCCCAAAGAGAAAGAAGAAGAAGAAGAGGAGGAAGAGGAGGAGGUUGUGGGUGAGGAAGAGGAAGAGGCGAAUGUGGGAAAUAAUUUGGUGGUAGAAGAGGCGACAGAUUCGUCCUCCAGCUCUGCUGCUCCUGAUGCGAACCCUAACCCUCACUCUGAACUGUAACAGAUUACGAAUGGAGGGAAAUGACACGAAGCCAUUGAUUAAAUUUGUUUGACUAUUGAUAUGA